AAUAUUUUCUCCCUGAGGCUAUGCCGCUUAGGGUUGACAACACCUUUAAAUUCUUUCCAAAGCGUACCCCACCCUCGCUCAGUUGUUCUCUUUCAAAUACAGGCGCCGCACAAGCCGCUACUCAAGGGUGGGGCUGAACUGAAGGGUUUUGAUUAUAUUAAAACUGAUUCGAAAGUCGAUGGGGGCGAAGGCGAGGAAAGCGUCGAAGAAAAUAAUAAAGAAGGCUUCUUCUCAGUUUUCACCCUCUGAUUCUAAAACAGCAUCUGUUGAUUUCCUGCCAUUGGAAGGCGGUCCGUCGCGUGAGCUUCCAGAAACGAAACCCCAACUAAACAAUGCUACUGUCUUAUAUAUUGGUCGAAUUCCGCAUGGCUUUUAUGAGAAAGAAAUGGAAGCUUAUUUUCAGCAGUUUGGUGCCAUUAAGAGAUUACGGAUUGCUCGAAAUAAAAAGGUUUUAAGCAAUUGUACAGGAAAAUCAAAGCACUUUGGUUUCAUUGAAUUCGAGAAUCCUCAGGUGGCUGAAGUUGUAGCUGAUUGUAUGCAUAAUUAUCUGUUGUUUGAGCAUCUUUUGCAAGUCCAUCUUAUUCCUCCAGAGCAUGUUCAUCCAAAAUUAUGGAGAGGUUUUAAUUAUAAAUACAAGCCAGUGAACCAUGUGCAAAUCCAACGAAAGCAUCAGAAUAAGGUGAGAACAUUGGAAGAGCAUAAAAAAUUGGUGGAGAAGAUCAUAAAACGAGAUAAUAAGCGUCGAAAGAAGAUAGAGGCUGCUGGCAUUGAUUAUGAAUGCCCAGAAAUUGUGGGUAGCAUUCAGCCCGCUCCAAAGAAGAUAAAGUUUGAUGAAGAUUAGGCACUGCUAAGCUUUCAUACCAAUGCUUUUUCACAUGUGGAACUAUGAAGUUAAUGGCUUCCACAAUUGCUGUCUUGAGAAGCUUAAAAUUUUAAAGUUUAAUGUGGUAUUUUAGCUGUUGACAAGUUUUAUACUUUAAGUUCUGCUGCAAGUAGGAAAUUUUGCGUUUGUUAUUGUUGGUCCUGUCUUGUUAAUUGGUGAGCCAGCUACACUUCCUAAUAUUAGCCUGUUUCCUAACAUUGAAAAGCUCUCUGAUGAGCAAGUGACUUGUAUUCAUCACUAUAUUCUUACUGGGAGACUUUGUUUGGUGAGAAUGGAAAGGAGUUAAAGAUGGAAUAUAACUUUUUAUCUUUUUUAACUAGCAAAAUCAUAGAGCAAAUUAUUGACAUUUAGAUGUGGCAAACGGAUGGUUUUGGGUAUUUCGAGAUCAAAUUAUGUUAGGUUCCAUUAUUUUUUGGGUUGGAUUCAGACCAGUUAGGUCAAUUUCCUUUUUUAAUUUUAUGAAAUAUAGUUUAGAGUUCAAAUUAUGUCAAAUUUAAUUAUUUUGGGUUUAGUGGUUAGGUUAGUUAGGUCCAUUUUGUUUUUUUUUUUAUUUUAUGAAGUAUAUCACUAUUUCAGCAUGCUUUCUGAAUCUGA